CAAGAUUUCCUUUCCCAAUUUAUUUUCGAAGCCUUUGCGAGUGGACAUCAAAAUAUUACGUGGCGGAGUAAUUUUUAACUAAAUCUAUAAAAAUUCGAAAUUAAAAUAAGCAGCAUGAAUAAGACUGUCCUAUUAGUUCUUGCGGUUGUGUGGUUGAAUUGUUUACACCUGUGCCAUGGCUAUUUCAUUACCGUCGACGCGCACUCGGAAGAGUGCUUUUUUGAUAGAGCAGAUUCCGGCACCAAACUAGGGCUUAUGUUCGAAACCAUCGAGGGCGGUUUCCUGGAUAUUGAGGUACGCAUUGUAGGCCCGGAUCAAAAGGUUAUCUAUCAGGGGGAAAAAGAAUCAAGUGGAAAGUACACUUUCUCCGCGUAUGAAACUGGUGUCUAUCACUACUGCUUCAGCAAUAAGAUGUCAACUCUGACGCCUAAGGUUGUAAUGUUUUCGAUGGAAAUUGGAGAAGCUCCUAAGGGAACGAUCGGCGCAGUUAAUGAAGGUGAAGCCGGACACUCGAAGCUCGAGGAUAUGAUCAAGGAGCUGUCCGGAACGCUGACGAGCAUUAAACACGAACAGGAUUACAUGCACGUUCGCGAUCGAAUCCAUCGUUCGAUUAACGAAAGCACUAACUCGCGGGUAGUGAUGUGGUCCGUGUUCGAAGCCUUGGUGCUGGUCGUAAUGACCGUGGGUCAGGUUUACUACCUGAAACGAUUCUUCGAAGUUAAGCGAGUUGUGUAAAUGGACGACUGUAGAAACCUUGAAUUUUUCGAGCUGAGAGCUACUCUUUGUAAGUUAUUUUAUGUUGUAUCGCGAGUAUAAUAGAACUAAUAUCUCCUAUUGGGUGAAUUUCGUUUA